AUGAGCUCCGGGCGCCCUGUUGCAGGUGUCCACCAGGACUACAUUGCGAAAAUCCGAUAUUCGAAUGCGCUACCUCCUCCACCAUGUCCACCAAAGCUGCUGGACAUUCCCAACACUGGCCUUUCGAGCGGCCAGUACACAUCAGCAGGUUUUGCGUCGAGACUGGCGCGGGAUCAGUCGCUGAAUAUUGAGGCUGAUGCUGAGCUGGGAAUGCCCAUCGACUUGGUGGGUAUCCCCAAGGUAUUCGAUGGAGACGAGUCUGCCAUCCAGGCGAUGCCUCACCCACCGCCGCUCAGCACAGCAGACAGAGCGUUGAUGCGACCGCCGAACCAGCUUGGCAAGACGCAGACCAAUGCCCAGGGCGCGACCUUCCUGCGACGAACAGAAUACGUCACAUCAAGCACAACCGGCGGCUCCAAAUUUGAGUCCAGCAACUCGUCCAACACGAUGCGCCUACGGAGGAAGCGAAAGCAAGUAGAGACCUCACUAGACGAUCCCACAAACAUCGCCCGACACAUCUUGAAGAGCUUCAACAUCGCCUACCCAGCCGACGCCUACAAUGGCCAAGACAGCGCCGACCAUCUCAGAGCCGCAGAAUCAACGCCUGAAGAGCGCCUAGCAUGGAACAAGCCCAAGCACCCUAGGAACCCCAACCUGACCUUGGUCGACUCCUACCCCCUUCUGCCGGACUGGGACGCCAUGCCCGACACGGGUGGCUACAUGGUCUUCAAGUUCACGGCACCGCCCAUCAACAACCCGCUCGACCCCUCCUACGACCCACGUCUCGAUGUCGCCCUCCUGCGCCCUGCCGGUCAAACAAUCCAAGACCAAGAAAAGUACAUGGAAGACCGCGAGGCACAUCGCUUGGAUCCCACCGUCCCACCCCCGAUCCCCCGUUGGCAAUUCGAAUACUUCCUCCCCGCAGACCGCAGCAAGGUCCGGGGCAUCAAACGCAACUUCACCACGCACGACCCCAACAAUGAAGCCGACAUUGACUUUGACAUUGCCGAAGACGACGAAGGCCAACCGCGCAAAUGCUUUAAGUACGAUAACGUGCGUACGUACGAAACGAGCCAGCAGGUUGGCGACCCGUCGGAUACUUAUGGCGAUGUUGUCGCGCUGGCGCUGCACGAUCCUGAGAAACAUGAGGGUGAGAGGCUGAGGGAUACCAAGAUGCAGCGUGCGGCGUACUUUUACCCCAUCACGCAGAGGACGUCGUUGAGGCCGAGACGGCCGGGCAGGAUCGAUAUGACGGAGGAGCAGCCCAAGGUUGAUAUUAUUGAGGCGGCGGGUAAGGAGCCUGAGGGGGAGGCAAGGAGGGAAGGGUAUAGGAAGAGGGCAGAGGGUAUUGAGUAG